GAAGAAUGAGCAGUUAGCAAACAGCUCAAGUGGUCGCAGCACACCGUCACACCGGUUGGAGAAAAAGCCAUCAGCAGCACACCAACAUGGACCGACGGCUGUGGGACUGCAGGAUUCAUCUGGCUGUGCUGCUGCUUGUGGCUACACAGGUGCUGUGUCAGGUGUGCAACAGCCCCUGCUCCUGCCCUGGCCCUGCCCCUCAGUGCCCUGCUGGAGUCCAGCUGCUGCUGGACGGUUGCCGCUGCUGCCAGGUGUGUGCCCGGCAACGAGGCGAGUCCUGUACUGAGAUGUUACCGUGUGACAGCCAGAGAGGGCUGCAGUGCGACUACAGCGCCAGCUUCCCUGGCAACCCGGGGGAGUGUGUCAGUCAGCAAGAUCUGGGCUGUGAAGUCAACGGCAUCACGUACCAUGAGGGCCAGUCUUUCCAGCCCUCCUGUGAUACUUACUGUCACUGCAGGGGUGGAGGGGUUGUCUGCGUGCCGGCUUGUCCCAUGAACGUUCAGCUUCCUACUCCAGAUUGUCCCAACCCACAACACAUACGGCUGCCAGGGAAGUGCUGCAAGGAAUGGGUGUGUGAAAACCUUGAUAACACAGUCAUUCAGGAUGCCAUCACAGCCAGGAGAGCCAUGUUAUGGCCAGCGCUUCACCCUUUAAAAAGUCUGGCCUCACCUGGCCCUACCUGUGUGGAGCAGAGCACCCAGUGGAGCACCUGCUCCCAGAGCUGCGGGGCCGGGGUCUCCACACGUGUGUCCAAUCAGAACCCCGCAUGCAAGCUGCAAAUGGAGACUCGACUGUGUAAAGUUCGACCUUGCCACUCGGCCCUGAGGAAACCCACGUGGGGCCAGCAGGGACGGUGUAAGGCCAGCUACAUGUCCCCGGGGCCCAUCCGGCUCGUCCACCAGGGCUGCUACAGCGCUCGUGCCUACCGGCUGCGGUACUGUGGACAGUGCAGCGACUCCCGCUGCUGCACGCCGUACCAGACCUCCACCACUCAGAUGACCUUCCGCUGUUCCACAGGCCGGCUGCUGAAGCGAGCAGUGAUGAUGAUCCACUCUUGCGUCUGCCACAACAACUGCCCUUACACCCCGUACACCAACCCUGCUCUCUGGGGAAUCAGGCCCUGACCGGCCUGCAUAUGCACUGACUCACUGAGAACUAAAAGGCGAGAGAAAAAUGAAGAACCCCAGAAAAAAAAGAAAACAAAACAAAAUGAAAAAAAAACAACAAGAAGGACACAUUGGGGAGGUUGCGAAAAGGAGGAAAGACAAGCUUUUCCAAUUAUUUCUAAAUUAGACGUGCACUGUUCACAACAACUCCAUGAAUGUGACGUUUGGAUCUCAAAACUCCCAAACACGAGGCUAAAGUUUGGGGAAAAGCAAACAUUCAUAUGAAGGCAAGGGAUUCAUAAAUUUAUCUGGAUUAUUUUCUAAAACUCAAACAUGAACCUUCAUUGCUAACAAGGUUCUGUGUCAGUGGAUUUAAUGUCUGUACAGUGUUUGUGGAUAGAAGUGUCCAACAGAUGGACAGACAUGAAAAAUGCAGCUUUAACUUGUAAAGUUUUCUUGAAGUUUCUGUAGUUUGAUGACACUUAUUUAAUUGCACUUAUUUUCUCUUCAUGUGGUGUUUUAUUGUAAAUAUUUCUUGAAGAUGUGUAAUUUUUAUAUACUGCAUGUCCUGUGUUCUGAUUUUCAGUGCAUUUUGUGUUUUCAGUAAAUGUUUUCUUGUAUAUAAGUUCACACAAAACAUCCCAAAAAAGAUGAUUAAACUUCAUUUUGAUGAAGUUAAUCAUUUAAAAGCCAUUAAUACACACUGAAAUACAA